UGCCACACACGGGCUCAGCUUAGCGAGCGGUGCAGCAGGCGAGAUAUAACGGGACGUCACAGUGGACCUGAACUAUAGAUCGUAGACUACGCUGAUACUAGCCUAACUACGAAUAGCAGGCAGUCCAUGUGAUCGGACUUUGGAUAUAUACACGAAGCCGAGAGAGAAGAGAGAAGAGAGAGAGAGAGAGAGAGGGAGAGGAAACGGAAGACCUCACCAGAGAAUAAGGAAACAGGGUCAGCGCUCGCGCAACAGACCAUCAUGCUGCAACCAAGGUUAAUUGCGUUGAUGCUGAUACUCGCGGCAUCGACGACCCACGCCAAUGUCGCACCGGCUGACACGUUCAUCAUGGACCUGGAGCUAGGAAUGUUUGCCUGUCAGGUGGAUGAGGACUCAGACCACCUGCUACUAUUCAACAUCUCAUCUAUAUGCGACGGUGUCGACAACUGCGCGUCGGCAGUCGAUGAAGAUGUGAGCAGCAUGGAGUGUAGAGAGGACUGUCGUCCCGCCUGCGAGCAUGGCGCUUGCCUCAACAACAAAGGAUCGCAGUGUUACUGUGACUGCGACUGGGGCGGAGAACUCUGUGAUAUUCCAGACGUAAACGAGUGCAAGAACAGUCCAUGCCACAACAUGGCUUAUUGCACUAACACGUUAGGCAGCUACUAUUGCACGUGUCUUCCUGGAUUUAUUGACGUCAUGGGAGGCGGAAUAAUGUGCAUGG